UAGAAAGCAGUGCUGCGCACUAAUUAAUGUACUUUUUGUUAGUACAAAUCCACGAUUAGUGUGCUUUAAAGCUGGGUGAUUGAUCGAAAUGAUUGAAAACCACGAACAGAAUCCGACUCGAAGGACCAAAGUGUAUUCGAAAUUAAGCGUUUUAAAUCCCAAAUCAACUGAAGUUUCGAUAGAUUCAGGAACAGUUUUUCAGUUCUAGGGGAAGUGCAGUGAAAGUGCAACCGAUUUGGUCGGGUUUAUUCUGGGAGAUUCUCUACAUCCGCUACCUUUUUUUUACAUAAAAUCGUUCAAGUUCCUUCGGUGUAAGGGAAAUCAAACGCAAUUUCCGAGUCGAAGAGCCAAAAUAUGUUCUAAAAAUCAGUUGAGUAAAAGUUUCCAAAUUUGAUUUGGCCUCUUGAUCGAAAUGACGAUCGAAAACUGAAUAAUUUGAAUUGAAAACUGAAAAUGUUUGCAGUGCACAUAAGAGUUUGCCCUUUCUUCAGGCAAAGUUUUCGUAAAGUUUCGUAAGAAUGGAUUAAUUGUGUCAUUUUUGGCAAAUUUGCAAAAGCUCAAGUUUUUGUGAAUCGUGAGUGCGGCAGCUAGUUUUCAAAAUGUAAACUACUCGAAAGUCUGAAGACUAAGAAUUCAGUUUUUACAAUUUUCGCGAAAGAAAACUUUGGUGAAAGUCUCCGUAAAAUUUCUUUGGAAUUGAUUUAUAUUACAAUUUCUCGCCAAUUUGCAAAACUGCGGAUGAUGUUAAUCAUCCGCAUCAACAAAUCAAUUGCUGUUCAGUCCGUCCAGUUCGAAAUGAAAAUUUUUGCAGUGCACAUAAGGGAAAACUUCAGAGAAAUUUUUUGUAAAGUUUCAUCGACAUGGAUUAAUCGUGUGAUUUUUGACGAAUUUGCAGAUGCUACAGUUUUUGUGAAUCAUAAGUGCGGCAGGUAGUUUUCAAAAUGUUAACUACUCGAACGUCUGAAGACUCAAAAACUCAGUUUUUCAAAUUUUCACGAAAGAAAACUGGUGAAAAUAUCCGUAAAUUUUCUUUGGAAUUAAUUGCUGUUGCUGAUUUCUGACCAAUUUGCAAAAAUUACAGAUGAUGUUAAUCUUGAGAUUCUCAGGUAAUUUAAAAAAAUCAAUUGCUUUUUAGUCCGUCCAAUUAGAAACAACAUUUUUGCAGUGAACAUAAGGGCAAGCUUCAGGGAAUAUUUUUGUAAAGUUUCAUUAGAAUGGAUUAAUGGUGUGAUUUUUGGCGAAUUUUCAAAAGUUGCAAUUUUUGUGAACCUCGAGGUAGUUUUUAAAAUGUAAACUGCUCGAAAUCGUCGAGGCUUGGAAACUUAAUUUUUCCAAUUUCCGUGAAAGAAAACUUUGGGCGAAAAUAUCCGUAAAAUGUCUUUGGAAUUGAUGGCUGUUACGAUUUCUGGCCAAUUUGCAAAAAUUACAGAUGAUGGUAAUCUUGGGGUUAUCAGGUAAUUUAAAAAAAUCAAUUGCUUUUCAGCCCGUCCAGUUAGAAACCACACUUUUGCACUGCACACAAGGACAAACUUCAGGCAACAUUUUUGUAAAGUUUCAUCAGAAUGGAUUAAUCGUGUGAUUUUUGGCGAAUUUGCAAAAGGUGCAAGGUGGUGGUUUUUGUGACUCGUGAGUGGCUCAGGUAGUUUUCUAAAUGUAAACUACUCGAAAGCAUCAAGACUUAGAAACUUAGUUUUUCCAAUUUCUGUGAAAGGAAACUUUGGUAAAAGUCUGAGUAAAGUUUCUUUGGAAUUGAUUGAUAUCAAGAUUUCUGGCCAAUUUGCAAACAUUAAAAAUGAUGUUAAUCUUGGGUUUCUUAAGUAAUUUAACAAAAUCAAUUGCGUUCCAGUCCGUCCAGUUAGAAACCACACUUUUGCAGUGCACAUCAGGGCAAACUCCAGGGAUCAUUUUUGUAGUUUCGUUAGAAUGGAUUAAUCGUAUGGUUUUUAGUGAAUUUGCAAUUUUUGUGAAUCAUGAGUGCGGCAGGUAGUUUCAAAAUGUAAACUUCCGAGGCCGAGAGUCCCGAGGCUUAGAAUCUUAGUUGUUCCAAAUUUCACGUAAGGAAGCUUGUGUGAAAAUUUCCGUAAAAUUUCUCUGGAAUAGAUUGCUAUUACGAUUUAUGGCUAAUUUGCAAAAUUUACAGAUGAUGAUUAUCUUGGCUUUCUAGGGUAAUUAAAAAAAAAUAAUUGUUUUUCAGACCGUCCAAUUAGAAACUAUAUUUAUGCAGUGCACCUAAGGGCAAACGUUAGUCAAAGUUUUCGUAAAGUUUCAUAAGAAUGAACUAAUUGUGCCAUUUUGUUCAAAUUCCGAUCAAAAUAUGUAAAUAACUCAGAAGUCGGUCAGGUUAUGGCGAAUGUUCAUAGAAGUUUGCCAAUUUUAAAUAAAUGGCACCAUUUUCCCAAGUAUUACUAAAAGCAACCGCACCGUCCGGCUCGAAGGACCGAAAUAAACUUUAAAUAUACCUAUACAUACAACGUCUUGUGUAACCGUCAAGUUUCCGUUCGAUCGCGCAUUAAAAUUGACUACAUAAAAUGGAGUUUGCGACAAAAAUGUACAAUAAUUCUGAAUAAUUCCAAAUGAAAAAUUUUCCGCCCUUGAGCCUGCAACAUUUGAAGAAGCCAUCACUGCAACCCAAUUUGGAAAGUACAAUGUGGUUUUGGGAUUUUUGGCGGGUAUCGCAAGUCUUUGCGCUGUUUUCGACACGUCCACUAUGUCCUAUACUUUUGUGUCUGCUCAAUGCGAUUUGAACAUAUCUCUAAAUGAUAAAGGUCUUUUAAAUGCGGUCACAUAUGCAGGCAUGAUCUCAAGCGCUCUGAUCUGGGGGUUUCUCUUCGACGUGCUGGGACGAAGAAAACUGUUAAUUUUGGGAUUUCUUGUCGACGCAGUAUUUGUAUUUAUGAGCGUUUUGACGCAAGGAUUACCUCUGCUGCUUGUUUCCAAGUAUUUGCAAGGAUUUAUAAUUAAUGGUCCAUUUGCAGCAGUGAGUUCAUACAUUUCGGAAUUUCACUGCGCCAAAUAUCGGCCUAUUUACCAGAUGAUUAUUGGAUCAAGCAACAGUUUUGGCACUGUUUUACUACCCCUGAUAGCUUGGUUGAUUUUGCCACGAAAUAUGGAUUUUACCAUAGUGAACUUAAAUUUCCAUUCGUGGAACAUGUUCCUGCUAGUCUCCGGGCUUCCAGCAUUCAUUUGCGGCAUUCUGUUUGUAUUUUUCCCCGAAAGUCCGAAAUUUUUGAUGACUUGCGGCGAGAACGACAAGGCUCUGAAAGUGUUCCAGAAAGUGUACAGUAUUAACACUGGGGCGCCAGCAGACACGUUUCCAAUCAAGCAAUUAGUUGACGAAACUAAGUUGGACGUAGAUAUGAAGAAUGGCUCGCAUAUUACUGCGCAUAGAACUAAACAGCAAGCGCUGAAAGAAGGAUGGCAGCAGAUGAAACCGCUGUUUCUUCAGCCACAUUUAAUGAAGAUUGUACUUGCUUGUGCAAUUUUCCUAUUUGUUAUGAUGAGCAUGAAUAUGUUGCGAUUAUGGCUGCCGCAGAUUUUCCAAAUUAUGAACGACUACCAAAAGACCCACUUGGGAGAAUCGGCCAGUUUAUGCACCAUGUUGAGCACAGUUUCCUCGAAAAACCAAACAACAGGUGAAUGUGUGGUUAACACCGACAACGCCCAGGUUUAUAUCAAUUCAAUCAUAGUCGGGUGUACUUCGAUAUGUGGAAACGUGUCAGCAGCAUCUCUAAUAAGGUUUAUUGGCAAAAAGAAGAUUCUGACUGUUGCCUUAAUAACAUCGGGAAUUUCCUCGUUUUCACUGUACUUUGCCAACACUCCCGAAAUGGCAACCGCACUGUCUUCCAUCUUUAUAGCUGGAGGAUCGGUUUCAAAUAAUGUGAUGGUAUCAGUUGCAGUGGACAUGUUUCCCACUACAUUGAGAACAAUGUCCAUUUCCCUGGGAAUGAUGAUAGGGCGUUCGGGUGCCAUGAGCGGAAAUUUCAUAUUUCCCUACUUGCUGGAAAGUGGCUGUCAAGCCCCAUUUUUUGUCGUUGGGGGGCUCAUGUUUGCUGCAGCUGCUUUGUCGUUUGUUCUUCCCAACACCGACAUGAAACCUCUCACAUGAAAAGGAAAAGGUUCCCAGCACAAUGCGCUAACUAAACCAUGUACAGCUUUUGUUGGUUUUUAGCUCUAUUUAUUAUGUUUUAGUUCUGAUUUGAAGCAAAAUUCGAAGAUCAUUUCAUGUAAAUAAUAAGCUAAAAUUUAUAUUUUAAA